GCUGUUCUUAAAAAAUGUUUUGAUCGGUACCGUUUUAAGAUUUUGUUUGAAUGAAAUUAGUCCUUGACUAUCAAACAUGAGUAGAACAUGUCUUCUCUGAAUAUUCCACUUUUUUUCUCAAUUCUUUUUUGUGUUCAAAAAGAAUUAUAAAAGAUGAAAAAUGUUGUUAUUUAUGAAAAAAUCAUUCGUGUAAUAGUCAGAGAUUCGCUGAGACUGCUGAAAAGGCUAACGACUUACACUUCUAACCUUUUGCUAUAUUGUUAGACUUUCAAACUAUUAGACGUUUCAAAUAUUUGGAGCUGUAGAAGGAAGGGUUGUAUAUAGCAUUAAAGUGGACUACGAGAUAACUGGUUGUAAAUCACUUCAUCACAUAGAUAUAAAUGUAUUGAUUCAGUUGUGAGAUGACGCUGAUAAGCGCUCUCCGUAGUAUGUGAUUAUAUCUGUGAAUCUGUAUUGAUCAUUUCUGGUUAGGCUUUCUCGAUGGAGAGGUGUUUUCGUUGGAUUAUUAGAAAAGUGAAUUCUAUUUCUGGUUAAGUGUCAAAAGAUGCAACAACUAAUUGUUUUUAGACUAGUUUAGAGGACAGGACAAGAAAAUGUGAUUCAUAUUCACAUCUUCGAAUUCUAGACUACUCGUAAUUCCAGGCGUUCCGUUUCAAUAAAAAUUUUUAAAACAGUUUGUGAUUCUCAAUCAUUUUUUGUAUAUUUUUGUUAUUAAGUUCCGUUCGUGAUGAACUUCGUUUGAAAUAUUUUUCUGGUUUUGGUUAUGUAUCAGUUCGUGUUGAUAUAAGAGGAACAGGAAAUUCAGAAGGAAUUUUUGACGAUGAAUACAGUGAACAAGAACAAAAAGAUUGUGGAGAAGUUUUAGAUUGGAUUUCGAGACAGACAUGGUGUACCGGAAAAAUCGUUAUGUUUGGAAAAUCGUGGGGUGGUUUCAAUGGACUGCAAAUGGCUGCUCUAAGACCGAAAAACUUAGCCGGUGUAAUUUCUGCUUAUUCAACCGAUGAUCGAUAUAGUGAUGACAUUCAUUAUUGUGGUGGUUGUAUUGCUGCAGGCGAAGCUCUCAGUUGGUCAACUCAAAUGUUAGUUUGGUCUGCAUGUGCGCCCCAUCCCCAGUAUCAAGGCGGAUUAGAUGUCGAGAAUGAUAAAUGGUUGAUUAUGUGGAAAAAACGAUUAGAAGAUCUUGAUCCCCUGGAUUCCAUUUGGUUAAAACAUCAAACACGCGAUAAUUAUUGGCGUCAUGGCAGCAUUUGUGAAGAUUAUUCUCAAAUCCAAUGUCCGGUAUUACUAAUUGGAGGUUUUUCUGAUUUAUAUACGGAUCCCGUAUUUCGAAUGAUGUCAGCAUUGACAUCGUGUGAAAAACGAGCUAUCAUCGGCCCUUGGGGACAUCAGUGGAGCGACAGUGCUUAUCCCGGUCCACAAAUUGGAAUAUUACAAGAAUUUGUGCGAUGGAUGGAUCAUUAUAUUAAAGGAAUCGAUAAUGGAAUAAAUCAUGAGCCAGUGUUAUCUAUUUAUCAACUUCAUCCAAAUUCAGAUGAAUUGCAUUCCGUUGUGGAAGAGCGAAAAGGAGAAUGGCUACAUAUUAACCACGUACCAGCGUAUGAGAAUGAACGAGAUAAAAGGAAUAAAAAUGCAUUACGCAGAACAAAUUCAAUUGAAAAUCAAACAAUGGAACAAAUCACACUUUUUUUGACUUCGUCCUAUUUGCUUCAAUCCAACUCACCUUCUCAACCUUCAUCCACUCUUUCAUUUUCAUCAUCACAAUUCACAGGUAUGGUAGGGGGUAAUUGGUUAGGUUGGGGCACUUUGAUUCAUCCUGAUCAUCCGGUCGAUCAGCGAGAAGAUGAUGGACGAUCGAUUUGUUUCACUGCAGCAGAACACUUAAAUGAAGAUUUAGAACUAUUUGGAUUUCCGUCCGUUCGCUUUGAUGUUAGUUGUGACCAACCUAAUGCAUUGCUCUGCGUUCGUUUAUGUGCAAUUCAUCCUACACGUGGUGCAUCAGUACUAAUUGCAAGAGGAAUUUUAAAUUUAACACAUCGAGAUUCACAUGAAAAUCCAGAACCGUUACAAAUUGGACAAGUUUAUAGCAUUAAUAUAACACUGUCAUCAACUUGUGUUCGAAUAGCAGCUGGAUAUCGUCUUCGACUCGCAGUUUCAACAUGUUAUUGGCCAUUAGUCUGGCCUUCCGCACAUCCAGCAACUGUGACCCUGCAUUUUAAUACCGAACAUCCACCGACUGUUAUUCUUCCGAAAUUAAUAAAUAAAUGUUUCACCAAACCAGAGUUUGGAUUAGCAGAAGUAGCGGUGGGCCUUGAAACUGUUCAACAUCGUCGUGCAUUUGUCACUCGUGCUCGUUCACUUGAUGAGGUCAAUGAAAUAAGUAAAUUAAAGCUCGUUAGUGAUUGUGGUUCAAUCGAAUAUCCUAAUGGUGUUUUGUUCGAUGAGACAGAUGAACAAGUCUAUGAAAUUCAAGAAAAUCAGCCACUGUCAGCUAGUAUAACGAUCCAGAGAGAUCUAAUAUAUUCUUUGAAUGAACUAGUGAAAGCCGAUAUUAGAACAAAUUCAAAAAUGUACUCAAAUGAGAAUAAAGAGUUUAUUAUAGAACAUGAGUUAAAUAUUAAAAAUCACGGUGAACGAUUUUUUGAAAAGAAAUGGAAAAAUGUUUUUACACGAAUUUGGAACUAA